AUGUUAUUUGCUCACAGUCAGCAACAGUAUUUUUCAGCAAGUGCUGCGUCAACGAAGAAAUCAUACAGUAAAUUGGCUGAAGUAUACUCGAACUCUGGAGAUACUGUCGAAUUUGUACAUAAUUUCGGGGAUUAUUGCAGUACACUCGUGUCACCAUGUACGAUCUAUUCUCAUUUUUUGAUCCAUUUUCCUUCAGUGGCAAAAUACUUCUUUAUUCAUGCUUAUUUCAUCGAGGUUAUUAUUAUUGUCUUUAUUGUUUACUUUGCAGACAUAUGGAUUCUAUUGCUAUCGAUGCUUGGGAUAUGGGCCGUUAUAUUGAUACUCAUUGGUUCAUUUAAUAUCCAUUUUUGUCACGUUCAACCUAUGAUUCCGAUCUACUUGAUCGUUGCUGGUAGUUUGCUGAUAGUGUUCGUCUCGGUGUCUAUUUACAAUGUGUGGCCAAUGCCUGACAAUGUUCGACCCGUUUCGUUAUCAACCACCCUCGCUUGUCGUGCCAUUCAGGCGCUCAUCUUGUUAGGCAUCACUGUUUGGCUGAUUCUCGGAUGUAUCUGGACCUAUGGUGCUCGACAGUACGUGCAUUUUCAGGAUGCAAUGUUUGAAAUGCACUAUUGUGAUUCAACAACGUAUUGGGUUGCUUUCAUCAACGCAACACUUCAUUUAGCGUUUAUCGCAAUCGGAGUGCUUCUCAUCGCCAUUAUAUUGGCACUUGGUGUAUGGAAAGAGACCGAUAUGCCAGAUGCCAGUGUAUAG